AUGCACAAGAUUUUGGCGGGGCCAGCUGACCGCUUGCCAAGACCUCCUUAUGACGCUGAGAUAAACGCGAUAUUCAAAGCUCUAGAUAGUACGCCUGAGUUCUAUGAGGUCGAGAAACUAAGGAAGGACACGGCAGCAAGGAUUCAGCCCCUCACGAAGGCUCUACUUACCGACAAGAGUGUCAAAAUCGAGGACGUCACAAUCCCUGGGCCUCGAAGGGAUCUAACGGUGUCAGUUGUACGACCAGCGGCGGCAACGGGUGAUCAACAUCCAUGUAUAUUCUACAUCCAUGGUGGCGCUUUAGUCGCAGCAGAUCGCUUCGCGGGAUUGGAUACUAGUGUCGUAUGGGCCAGGGAAUUCAAUGCCAUCGCCAUCAGUGUGGAGUACGGACGUGCGCCCGAGAAUACCGGAACACAGCCUGCAGAAGACUGCUACGCGGCGCUAUUAUGGGCUGGUAAGCACCUCUCGGAAUUGAGAAUUGACCCUAGCCGCCUGCUGCUGUACGGCACGUCAGCUGGGGGCGGGUUGGCUGCAGCAACAGCAUUGAUGGCACGUGAUAAAGGUGGCCCAAAACUAUGUGGCCUUGUCCUUGAGUGUCCCAUGCUGGACGAUAGGAACGAAAAGGUCUCGUCCCAACAGUUCUCUACUGGCCCAUUUUUCAACUCGACUUUAAACAGGUUUGCCUGGCGCUGCCUCCUUGGGGAGCGCGUUGGGAGCAGCUCUGUCUCCGAGUAUGAAGCGCCCGCUCGAGGGCAGGACCUCUCGGGGUUACCACCGACAUAUCUUGACUGUGCGUCUGCUGAACCCUUCCGGGAUGAAAUCGUGGCUUUCGCCUCUAAAUUAUGGGAAGGGGGGGUCCAAGCAGAGCUUCAUGUGUGGCCUGGUGGCCCCCACGGAUACGAAAGAAUAGUUCCUACGGCGCCCUUUGCCAAAAUGGCGAGGCAGACCAGGCUGGCCUGGAUUCGUCGAACUUUCUUUCAAACAGCCUAA